AUGCCACCCAAACGGACACCGGUGAAGAAGGUGCCUGAUUCUGCCGAGUGUGAAGCCCAGCUUGGGGCGCUAGUCCACAACCGUGGAUUGGCACAACGAAAUGUGACCAGAAUCCUAACCAUCCUCAAGCAAGCCGAAUUGGACAGGAAUGAACUCAGCCCAGCCCAAGUCAAGGUGUACCAACGGAGUGUUGAGACUGAAAAGGCUGAGUUUAUCAGGUUGCACCAGGAGAUUGUUGCCCUGUCCCCAGCCGACAAGCGCGAUGAGCAAGACGAUCCCUACCUGCAAUUCAUGCACCUGUACGAGGAGGUGUCUGUGCUGCUCGAGAGCUGGAACGAGAAGCUAACUGCGCCCCCAACCCAGCAGCAACCGCGUGUCACCACCAACCAGCAGCCGAUCGUCGUACAGUCUCAGUCUUUCGGUGCUCCAUUGCCUACUUUUGAUGGCCGUUAUGAAGCAUGGCCACGCUUCAAGGCUAUGUUUCAGGAUCUGAUGCAGCGCUCAUCAGAUUCGGACGCGGUGAAGCUGUACCACCUGGAAAACUCGUUGAAGGGAGACGCCACCGGCGUAAUCGACCUAGAAACGUUGCAGGAUAACGAUUACCAGCGCGCAUGGGACAUCUUGGAGGAGAGAUUUGGCAACAAGCGGCUAAUAUUGGAAUCUCACAUCCUGGGCCUGUUAAACCUAAAACAGAUGGCAAGGAGAUCGUCGAAGGAACUCCGGAGGCUCGUCGAUGAAUGCACCCGCCACGUGGAGAAGCUCAUCAAGCUUGGUCAACCGCUUGCAGGAAUGUCGGAGCUACUCGUGGUGACUGUACUCACUGGCGCAUUGGAUGACCAGACCCGUGAGUUGUGGGAAGCUUCGAUUGACCAGACGGAGCUUCCAUCGUACGAGCAAACGAUCGAAUUCCUAAAGCAACGUUGUAUCAUCCUAGAGAGAUGCGAGGAUAGUGCAACCCCUGUAUCCACAAGCACCAAGAUCUCCAACCAGAAGCCGCCAGCGUCUAAGUUUGUACCUUCCAUGACAUCAAAUACAGUGGUAGUGUCGUCGACGUAUGUAUGCGACUUUUGUGCCGGACAGCAUCAAAACUUCAAGUGUCCUGUGUUCCAAAAGCUGUCCGUGAAUCAGCGUCAUGCCAGAGUGAAGCAGCUAAGCCUAUGUUUUAAUUGUUUAAGAAAGGGCCAUCGCUGCUUGCUAUGCUCCAACAGCAAGUCGUGCAUGAAAUGUUCAAAGAGACAUAACACGUUGCUGCAUUUCGAGCGCAAGGGGAAACGUUCAGAUGCACGGAAGCCUUCCGAAGCCAUCCCAGUCUAUACCACCCUGGUAAGCAGUUUACCAGGCAAGGGUACCCAACCAGUGCUAGUAAGGAAGUUGACGAAGAACACCGCCGACUGUCCACGAAGAGAUAAACGGAUAGACAGCACCGUCCAGGUUCCAGAGCAUACUUUCCAGCAGUUAAGAUAA